GUAGGGACUUGUAUUUUGGACCCGUAAAGGAAUCAGCUUUAUCGUCUGGUCGCCUCUAUUUGCAUUUACCAGUCCACUUACUCUUGUGGAGCAAGGUUCAUAGGCCAUAGCAAGCGCUUGCUUUCAACUUGGAUAUGAGGGAAUAUCCCAGUAUGGUUCUACAACGGUGAGAUAAAAGCAGUUAAGAGUUCUAUUCUUGAAAAUUUAAUAGACUCCAAUUACUCCAUUGAUCCACAGGUUGAUUGCAAGGUUGUUUACACAAUCCGUGCAAAAGUACCUAGAUUUCUUCGUACCCAACUCCUUAAAACGACAGAAACUGUUGCUAUCCAUGAGUUGAAGCCAAAACUGUAUGUACCAAAGAAACUCUAAAACUAUUUUCGUCCUAAUGCCGAACUGAAUGGGUGCAGAACACAGUGUUAGUCAGCAGAAGUCACAUAAUUUCACAAGAGAUUCUCAGCUAAAUUCUUUCCAGUCAACAAAAAGAUCUGGUCAUUCUUCAUCUCUACCUUCUUCGCCUCGAUAUGAUUGGCGUCGUUCAUCAUUAUCGGGACUUGCUAGUACCUCGUAUUUGAACAACAUUAACAAUAGUCGCAAUUAUGGUAGCUUUCAAAGUCCUUCUAAGCAAAAACACCAACAACGAAAUUCUGUAUCUAGUCUACCAAAAGAUACUUUUGCUUCAUCAACUGAGCUGGGUUUAGAUAUAAGUCAAAGAUCUUCUUCGACUAAAUCGUUAAAUUACUCCUCAUUCGACAAGUUAUCCUCAACAACUAGUCGUAAACAAGCUGAUGCCGGUAUACUAAUUGUCAAUCGUGGUCGUCAUACUUCAAGUCAUUAUGAUUUAAGUGGCAGUAGAAAUGGUUGCAACAAUCAUACAGAAUUAAGUCGAGUUAUAUUAAAAAAGCUUCAAUGGAUUUCUAGAUUUGAACCAAUCUCGUCUACCAUGAAAGUACAAUAUCAUUCAUCAAUGGCAGCAACAAUAGAGAAUCAACCAUAUGCAUCAACCUCUCAAUCGAUUCCAUCAUUAUCGUCGUCAACGUCAACAGCAUUUAAAAAGAGACAAUUUAUUCCACAUGUUCCAGAGUUCGAUUAUGAAGCGUUGGUGAAAAUGUCAUCAGUCUAUGAGCAAUAUUUGCAUAAAUAUACUACUGAGUUGUCACAAAAACAAUCUGAUCUGAUCAUUAUAGAAAAUAAAAUUGAUCGAGAUAUUUCACAACUUGUUGAAACAUUUCAAGCACGUGAGAAAGGCAUCAACAAUAAUCAACAUUCCAUUAAUUCAAUAUUUCAAAGUCCUUUCAAUAGUCCAAAGAAAGUUAAUACAAUUACAAAUUCAAUAAAUGACUCGACGAAAUUAUCCGGAUCUCAACAAAUUGAGAAUAUUGUUUUAUUAACUAGUCAAAUUUCAUGUUUAUUAACACAAUGUGAUGAAUUAAGUAAACAAUUAAUGAAUUCAAUAAAUAAUUUAAAUGAAUUAUUACCUGAAUAAAAUGUAAUUAAGGUCUAAUGAAGAACAUUAUUUAAGCAUACAAAUUUCAUAUUCUUUAAGUAUUGAACAUUUACAAGUAAUUUCUUUUCAAUAUGAACAAAACAAACAAACUUGUAAAUAACUUACUUUUCUUAUAUAA